AUGGAAGAGAGAAGAUUAGAAUCAAUCUACGUCAUGUCAGCGGAGACAACUUAUGUUAAGGAAACACGGAGUAAUGAAACAACUGAUCUAUGGCAUACACGUCUUGGGUAUAGCAAACUAAACAACAUGAUGCAACAGUCAAAAUUAAAAGGUUUUCCCCAGCUUGAGAUUAGAGGAGACACUAUAUGUGCUGGAUGUCAAUAUGGGAAAACACAUCAACUUCCCUUUGGAGAAUCAAAGUAUCAAGCGAAUGAGCCAUUAGAGCUGGUACACUCAGAUGUAUUUGGACAGUGA